AUGUCCCUGACUAGAGUGUUUGUGUAUGGCACCUUAAAGAGAGGUCACCCCAACAAUUACCUCUUGUCUGAUAGCACUGGAAAAUAUGGAGCGGCUCAGUUUGUGGGUGGAGCUACCUUGGUCAACAAGUAUCCCCUCGUGAUAUUUGGUCGCUACAAUCUCCCCUUCCUAUUGGCCGCCGAGGGACAGGGGAAGAACGUCAAUGGGGAGCUGUAUGAUGUCGACACCAAGAUGCUAGCCAAACUUGACGACCUUGAGAGACACCCUGAGGUCUACACACGUACACCAGUCGAUUGCAUACUAAACCAGCCUGUGUCUUCAGAGGAGGAGUCGAACCAAACUAUCAGGGCUGAGAUCUACUUGCUCUACAACUUCAACAAAUCAAUGCUCUCAAUGCCCUUCCUCAGUGACUAUUCCAUGGAGGCAGUAAAGAACAAGCCAUAUUCGCAUCGGGAGAACAGAAGUACAGAGUACAACAUUUGUAGUGAAAUCAAAGAACAAUAGUAAUUUGGCGUGCCUUUUUUCCACAUCAAACCUCUAAGUGACUGUAGUAGUAACAUUUUCGUAAUAAUUUUUCAGCAUACAUAAACUGACAUAAAGUAACAUAAUAACAUAACAUAUAAAUAA